AUUUAGUGCUCCAUCGGAUUUUUUAUAAUUCAACAUGAAAAUUAUAUUAUAUAUUGCUAUAACAGCAUACGUCGUAUUCAAUACAACAAACGCAUUUGAUACAAAAUACACAUUGCUGCAACCACCAUCGGAAACCGAAAUAGUUGAUGAAUCCUACACUCCAGAUCGUACGUCAUACAAAUUUGUGAGCGGCGAAGCGUUUCCAGUUGAUCCUGCAUCCACAGACCUGAUUGGCACAAGACUAGCACCUCCAUUCCUCGUAUCGUCAACAUUCAAAUCAUAUACUAGCAAAUCCUUCUGCGUAUUUUCUAUUAAACAAAAUGACGUAGUUGUUUUAAGCUUAUGUUUGCAACCAGCUGGAAAAAACGUUUCAAGAGUCACCCUUAGAACUGAACUAUACACACCAAGCGAGUCGAUUUACUACUUAUUCAAUGAGAAUUACAAAGAUAAUUGGGUCAAAAUCGUGAUGUAUGUCCACGAUGAUACUGCGGACUUGUACGUGAACUGCAGCAAGCAACCAAACAUGCUGAUUCUGGACAGAAAUUUUGAUAAUAUUCUGCUGACGGAUCGCAUGGAAAUACACGUGGCUGUUUCACAGAGAUAUAAAUUUGAGGGUCUCAUAGAAGAAAUAAACUUGCACACUGAUGCUGAUGAGGAUACUUUAAAGUUAGUGUGUGAAAAGGCUAGAUCAAUUUCAGAGAUACUUGGGCCGAGUUUAGUUACUACUGACACAGAUAUUUCAACAACAGAAGAUCCACCUGAAAAGGGUGAAAAAGGAGAAAGGGGAGAUCAAGGCGAAAGAGGAGCACCAGGUCUUAAAGGAGAAGUAGGUGCACCAGGUAUAAAGGGUAUCAAAGGUGAAAAGGGAGAUAAAGGAGACAUCGGUCAGAAAGGUGAUUUAGGACCCCAAGGACCUCUUGGACCUGUAGGACCUAUCGGCAAAAAAGGAGAAGAAGGAGCAUGUCAGUGCUCAGAGAAGGUGGUAUCAACCCUGCUCCUGUCUAUGCCCGAAAUGAAAGGACCUGCUGGUGACAGAGGUCCACCAGGAUAUGAUGGUCCAGAAGGACCACCAGGUAAAACUGGUAACAUUGGACCUAUGGGUGAAAGAGGACCAAUGGGUUUGAAAGGAGAACCUGGAGCCAGAGGGGAUGAUGGUCUACCAGGUAGAGAUGGGGCUGUCGGACCAAAAGGGGAGCCAGGUAAAGAUGGCAUACCAGGAACACCAGGGGAAAGGGGGCCCAGAGGAGAGCAAGGACCACCGGGUGAAAUACGUUUGGAAACAGACGAGGAGAUAAAGUCAAGAACCGUAGUUAUUCCUGGAGAAAAAGGAGAUGAAGGGCCUAUUGGACCUCCGGGCAAGCAAGGUGAAAAGGGAGACAGGGGAGAAAGGGGUGAAAAAGGGGAACCUGGACCAAUAGGUCAAAAAGGAGAUCAGGGCCACAAAGGUCUUCAAGGCCCUAGAGGGGAAAAGGGUGACAUAGGUGAGGCAGGAGAGGAUGGAUUACCUGGCACUCCGGGCACACAUGGCAGGCCUGGAGAUAGAGGCGAAAAGGGUGAAAGAGGUGAUAAAGGCGAAAGAGGUAAUGACGGACGGCCAGCUUCUCUAACCUCAGUUCUGGAUGCUGAAAAUGCGGCGGUGGUGGAAAAAUUGAGGGGUAACAAAGGAAAUAGGGGAGAAACAGGUGAAAAGGGUGAAAAAGGUGACCGAGGGGAAACUGGGUUACAAGGACCAAGUGGAAAGGAUGGUAAAGAUGGCAAAGAUGGAAAGAAGGGAGAUGUUGGCCCAAUGGGCAAGACUGGGCCAAAAGGAACCCAAGGAGAACGAGGUCUACCUGGAGAAGUUCCUGAAUCCAAAAUAGCUUUGUUAAAGGGUUCAAAAGGAGAUAGAGGUCACACAGGGCUAAAAGGUCCAGCUGGACCCACUGGUAAUAAAGGAGAACCUGGAGAACGAGGUCCAGUUGGUCCUCAAGGACCAGAAGGAGAAGAAGGUGUCCCAGGACCAAUAGGACCAAUGGGACCUCCAGGUCAUAAUGGGACUAAAGGACAAAAAGGAGAAAGAGGUGCCAGUGCGCCCCCCAUCGAUUUGUAUAAGCUAAAAGGUGAGAAAGGAGACAGGGGUCUUCCCGGCGAUCCUGGCCCUCCUGGGAAGUCUGGAUCUGAGGGUCCACCGGGCAAAUGUACGGAAGGAUCGAAUAGACCACCUAUACCAGGUCCACCAGGGCCGCCCGGUCCACCUGGACCACAAGGUCUUUCCAUUCUGGGUCCUAAAGGAGAACCUGGAAUGACGUUGAUACAGGAGACGUAUCAGUCAUUUGUUAAAGCACCAGGUGACCCAAAUGAUGAGGAUGACUUUUAUACACUUAACACUAUGGUUUUUAGGACAAAACGAGGUCUUUUGAAGAAAACAGAGGAAACGGAGCUCGGAACGUUAGCGUACGUUUUAAAGGAGAAAAUAUUGCUUCUCAGAGUUGAAAACGGCUGGCAAUAUGUUGUGAUGGCAUCCAUGUUGGACUCAAAACCGAUCCCACCGCCUACGACGACGACGACGACGACUACUACUACAACUGCCAGGCCGACCACCACAACGACUUUUAGACCGACCACUCCAUCAACAGCUAGUCCGUUUACAGAUCCACUCAUUCGACCACCAAAGAGAAGAGGCUAUAUCCGAAUGGUUGCUCUGAACGAUCCUCAUACAGGAUACAUGUUGAGUCAUAAAAAAGUUGGACGCGAAGGUGCUGACCAGUUGUGUUACGAACAAGGAAAGAUGUUCCGACUAGGGGCAACUUUUAAACCAUUUUUGGCUACAAGCGAUCAAAACCUCAUUAAUAUAGUAGGAAGGGCUGAUUGGAACGCUCCAGUGGUCAACCUUAACAGAUCCCUCCUAUUUCCCUCCUGGGCGAGCAUUUUCUUUGGAAGUGGUGCAGAAUUCAUCAAUCCUGCUACAAUCUUCAGUUUUAAUGGCAAAAGCGUCAUGAUCGAUUCGCACUGGCCAACAAAAACAGUAUGGCACGGUGGCAUUAACGACCACUAUGGUUCAGCAAAUCUGGACGCCAACUGCAACAAUUGGAAGAGUGGCUCGAAGCAUUAUUAUGGAGUUGGAUCUUCAUUAGCCAACAAUCGUUUAUUAAACCAAGAAUUAUACACCUGUGAUAGUAACUUUAUAGUUCUUUGCGUAGAAGUAGAAGCUUUCAAAGGUGAUCCAUUGAAAGUACGGAGACGACACCGUCGAGGUCGGCGGCAUAAUAUAAUUUAUUAAAUUAGUAUUUUUAAUUUUAAGCAUAUCACAAUAAUCUAUCUUUUUCUUCAAUUUGAUUGAAUUUCAAAUACUUUCACGUUGAAUUAAGAGUUAUUAUUUGAAAAAUAUUAAAUAUUAGGAAUUAAAAAGAAAUUCAAUGCUUUAAUACUAAUUGUAUUCAUUUAUUUAUUUAUUUUGUACUUUAAUAUUUUUUAUAAUUAAUUGUAAAUAAUAGUUAGAUAGACGUUUUAAAAUGAUUUUAUAGUAAUUAUGGAGUAUACUCAG